CUUCCUCUUCAGAUACAAUUUACAGCCACAGCGUUUAAAUUCAGUCAGUUAGUAUUAGUUUCCCAGCACUGCUCACACAAAUGGAUAACAAUGCUCAAGGAGGCAAAGCUUAUGGCCUCCUCAAGUCUCAGCAAGAGGAAAAACUCAACUCUAUAAAUGAGGUAUUUCUUAUGGAUUCAAAGUAUGCAGAAGAGGAAGAUCUGGCAGCAAAACUUGAAAUGUUCAAAAAGAAAUACAUGGAGUUCGAUCUCAAUGACAAAGGAGAUAUAGAUAUGAUGGGGUUAAAACGUAUGCUGGAAAAACUGGGACUGGCCAAAACACACUUAGAGCUGAAAAAGAUGAUGUCAGAGGUGACUGGAAGUCCAUCAAAGGACACAUUCAGUUACCACGACUUCCUGAAUAUGAUGCUGGGGAAACGAAAUGCAAUACUUAAGCUGAUCCUCAUGUUUGAAGGAAUGGGAAAGGAGCAGGAGCAGAAGGAUGUUGGUCCACCUUCACGCAAAACCUUUUCAGACCUUCCAUGAAACCUCUACAGCACCCGAAAAUGUCAUUUUGGCUCUGUUUAUCCUAUUGAAGAGUACUUCUGAUGCAUUCACGAUGUAAAACAAAAAUAAAAUGCCACGACUCUUAAAAAGAAGGGAAAUUAAUGUAUUACUUGGAUGCUAAAAUGUAAAGCAUAACAGUAGAAAAGGGCAGCCAUAUAAUGCUACUCGUCAUACUAUGUAUAUGUGAUGAGUAUACAUUAUAUGGCUACAUGUUUCUACAAUUAUGUCAAUUUUACUUGGGCUAAGAUUCAAGACUUUGUCAUGGCAUUUUUCCUAUAUCCAAUGUUUUGGAACUAUUAUUUCAUUAAAAAAGAGGGAAAGCAAUAUUACAUUACACCUUUGUGAAUUUUGUCUUAGCAUGUCUUAGCACCCCUCUAAGUCAAAAAUAUUGAUGAUUGCCCAAAAGUGGGAUGUACAACAACUGAUUACAAAAUA